AUGUCUACGAUGCCAACAUCCAAAGGGCAGUCCACAGCCUCACCAGUCAUGGAGGACAGCCCGACUUUCCCCACUUCAUCGAUGAAGACAGGUGCUCAUGCACCAUUUAAGCUCACCAUCACUUGGCCACAGCAUACCAUAAUCCCAAAGGAAUCCAAGAAUUUCAACAUGAAUACAGGGGAAAGCCAUCGCAGGGGUCUGUCAGGGACCAGUAACCUGACGUUUGAAUUUCCACACCACAAGGACUCUGCCUUGUACCGUAGCUUCAUUAGCUACAUGGAAUCACUGCAGCAUGACGAAAACUGGAUGCCCCCCACACUACCACUCGGUCAUGUGCUACAAAUGGAACCACAUGCAUUCCAGGAAAUGCUGGACACUGUUGGCCCUCUCAUCUUGGUCAGCCCACUGGGGGCACUUGAAUUCAAUGUUUCAACACUUUUUGGUCUGAUGGACUUUCAGGGUGUCUCACAGUGUAUAGACUCCGAUGGGGAUGAGGACCAGAUCCUGGAGAUGCUGGCAGGCGAUGCUGCUCAUGAAAUGUGUCAUUGGUCCACAUCCAGGCCAUUGAUCAUGGAGCAUGUCCCAGCGACUGCUGGGGCGUAUCAAGCUGUAGAGAGGCUCCUCAACACUCAUGAUGUGGCACUGGCUGAAUUCCCUGUUGGCCACCAGGUUAAUGUUCAUGGAUGGCGAGGACCAAUGAUUUCCGCUGUUGGAUCUGUGCAUCCUCCCCAACAGAACCCAAAUGGCAUUGGCCUGAGCCUUUCCUGUGCUAGUGGCAACGUUGUGUUCUUCAUCCCGAUUCUGGAGGAGGGCCAGAAAAUCAUUGUGGAUUUCGAUGAUGUGGAGGAGCCUGCCUCUCUAGGCUAUGAGUACCUUUACCAACCUCCACAUCAGUUCUCAUCCUUUGUUCUUUCACAAGGGCAAACAGUCUGGCUUGAUCGCAGCUCCAAGGAUGACUCCAUGAGUGAACAUUCCUGGAGCUCUACCGUGAUGGCAUGCUUAAUGGCCAUGGUGUUGAAAGCAGUGCAUGUGCCAUCCACUCCAGAACGACAACCCCACUUGGUGAACAUCCCCAACUUGUUUUCGCUGGCAUCAAUGGCACUCAUGUUCAUUGGACAGCAAGAGCAUGAGAUUGGGGAAGUCAUGAAAGCCCUGGGACACAGCUGUAUCGAGCAGGAUCCCAAAGCUUGUGCAGAGGUUGUGGCCGAAUUCAACAACCUUAGGAUCACAAAUCAUGCGUACAAGGGAGAUGAUGUCACCCCUGACCAGCAUACAGAGUGUGAUGCCAAGGCAGCUGAGUUCCAUCAGAGUAUGAUGACUGCUGUCCAGAACAUGAAUUCUUCUUGA